GUGGGAAUCCUAAAAAGCAGUCAGAGGGGGAAAAGGAAAAGGAGGCUGAGACACAAACGCGAAGGUGCUCGCCGGCGUCGUCCACCAACGCUAACCAAACAGACCCACGCGCCGACCCCCCUGCUCAACUGUUUGCGGGGAAUUUAACGUCUUACCACCGCUCGGGACGGCGCUUCUGGUGGGAUUCUGUGCCAAGUUGGUCGAGCUUGCAGGAGCGUCCACGAAGCGCGAUGUCUGGCGUUGUGCGAGGCCCGGCGGGGAACAACGAUUGCCGAAUCUACGUGGGCAACCUGCCGCCCGACAUCCGCACUAAGGACGUGGAGGAGGUCUUCUACAAGUACGGCACCAUUCGGGACAUCGACCUGAAGAACCGCAGAGGAGGCCCGCCGUUCGCCUUUAUUGAGUUCGAAGAUCCGAGGGACGCCGGCGACGCCGUAUACGGACGGGACGGGUACGACUACGACGGCUACCGGCUGCGCGUGGAGUUCCCUCGGAGCGGCAGGGGCACCAGAGGGGGCAGCGUCGGCGGGGCCGGCGGCGGGACCCCCAGGGGCCGCUACGGGCCCCCGUCCAGACGUUCCGAGUACAGGGUGGUUGUGUCCGGGCUCCCUCAGAGCGGCAGCUGGCAGGACCUGAAGGACCACAUGCGCGAGGCGGGCGACGUGUGCUACGCCGACGUCUACCGAGACGGCACCGGCGUGGUCGAGUUUGUGCGCAAGGAAGACAUGACCUAUGCCGUCCGAAAGCUGGACAACUCCAAAUUCCGCUCGCACGAGGGAGAGACGGCGUACGUUCGCGUGAAAUUAGACGGUCCCCGCAGCCCGAGUUACGGACGAUCCCGCUCGCGCAGCCGCGGCAGCCGGAGCAGGAGCCGCAGCCGCAGUCCCAGCCGCAGCCGGAGCCGCAGCGACUCCCGAGGACGCGGGCGGGCGUCCCCGCGCUACUCGCCGCGACACAGCGGCUCCCGAUCCCGAUCCCGCUCCUAGAAAACCCGCCGGCGUUCCUCCCCCUCUCGUCCAGUGAUGUAACUAGGGUUGCAAAAGGGCCGGGGAAUUUCCGGCACGCUUCCGGGCCGUGCGCGGUCCGCUUCCGUGGGAAAGGUAUUGUUGUCGAGCGUCAACGCUAACAUUUUGUCUUGCCGUAAAUAGACGACGACAUCCGUGCGAAAUACACACACACAAAACAAAACAUUUUAAUGAAUUGGUGAGGAGAAUAUUCUCAAUAUUUACGUAUUUGAUCGCGGUCUUAAAUUGAACAACAUAAAAGAAGAGAAAAAUGCAGUCCCCAUCCAAAAAGUCCCAUUUAAAAUUUUAAAUGGGUGUGGGGGGGGAAAAACAACAACUAGAUUCUAAUCAUCAUUAGCAUUUCGUUGAGGGUUCGGCUAGUGAAGCCGUGUUUCCAUGAAAUCCAGUUUGAUUCGGGAUUGUGCUGAAAAUUUGUCGUCAUAUCAAAAAUAUGACGGAUUCCGUUCAGUUUGAUCAUAUUCGUUAGCACAACUAAAUGAUUUGCACCAAUAUGUUUGUUCCGGUAAAAAUGUUACAAUUUCUUGUCCCAAAUUUUUGUGACUUUUUUUUUUUUUUUUUUAAAUAUUGUUAAAGACACUGGCAUAAAAAAAAUCGUCACAUGCACAUUUGGAAUAAAUUGUGCUAUACUCACAAAAAACAAUCAUUUGUUUUCACAAUUAAUCUUUUUACGACUAAUAUUCUCAUUAAAAACAUCUUUACUUUUGUGUUAGUAAUCCAUUUUAGUGCUGGACUUUGGCAAAAAAUGUAAGAACUUUUUUUUUUUAAUUAACGUGAUCAGUAAUUGCAAUCAGCGCCUUCAUUUGAUCAAAACAUCUCAUUUUAAAAAUGAUGCCCCAAAUUUUUUUUAAUAUAAUUUAUGACAAGGUCCCUUCAAUCAAGUCAUUAUUUUUGCUGCUCCCACGGCAAGCCUGCAAAUCUAACAAAUUCCCGCAGUUUUGCAACCCUAGAUGUAAGCCUGAAUAGUUUUUUUUUUUUUUAAUAAGUUUAUUAUUAUUUUGGAUCCUUGUGGUUAAUCAGCUUGUCUGUAGAUGCACGCCCCCCCUUCUCUUCCUCUCCCCCCUUUUCCCCUUCUUUCUCCCCCCCACACAAAUGUCGAGGCGUGCAGUUUUUGUAAGUUUUAAGACUAAAUUUAAAAACAAAAAAACAUUUCUUAUUCUUGGUUAUUUGGAUGAACCAAGACACCGACGCUUUAACUUAAUUUUAAUUUGUGUCUUCCUUUAGACUUCUGAAGAGAAGGAUUAAAGUGGUUGGGAAUAAAAAGCCACAUUGGUGGAGCACAUUUCAUUUGUAUGGUCAGGAUAGGACAUCAAAUGGAGGCCAUGGUAUGCUUCAUAUUCCGUCAAUAUGUCAUAUGCUUCUGUUCUUGUCGUCUCGUGCAUGUCGUCGUUUUUGAAACGCCGCUGCGGCCUGUCGUACAAUACGAAAAAUUGGUGUGAUCUCAGUGUAACAUCUUCGAUGUCACAUGUAAACACCAAAUGUUAGGGAUUUUUUUUAAUUUUUUUUUUUUUGCCUAUCUUGCUCUUUCUGGCAUUUUUUUUUUUUUUUUUUUAAUUUUGCCUUGCCCCGAAAAUUUUUGUACGUUCUGUUCUAACGGUCUGCCUCUGAUUUUCUUCCUGGUAUUUCAAGGUUUUGAUUGGAGAGGAGUGGCUCAGUGGAUCGCAAUCCUUUUGGAGCUGGAUCGAUUUUUAGGAAAGGGAUUAUAGGCAAGGAUGGAUGCACGGGAACGGGAUCCGGUUUUCCAGGAUUUCCCAACAAAAUUCUCAGAACUAAUUAACGGGGGACCUCCCGGAUCAACUUGUUUUUUUUUUUCCUUCAUUUUUUUAUUUUGAAAUAGCCUGCCUCCUGCCUAUCUUUUAUUAAAAUUUUUUCAGUGAUAUUGGCGAGAAAAUUGACAAGAGAAAAACACAGGACCAGGAAGUUGGAUCAAAGGAUGGAAUCGUAGAUGCCUGGUAUGAGGGAAUUCAAAAUAUUAAAAUUUGGGGAGGGUUUCAUAUUCGGGGGGGUGGUUGGAAUGUUGAAUUAUUUGCUUAAUCUAACUUUUUUUCUUCUAGCAUUUUCAAUAAAACACCUAAAAAAAAUAAAAAACCAUUGUGCCUCUAAAUCUUUGUGUCAUACGAUAUUGUGGCCCUUUUGUAUGAGGAAAAGGUAGCGUUAAAAUUUACAUAUUUAAAUAAGCAUCAGUGUGGAAUUAGGAUCGUGUUAUAUCAAAUAAUAUUUCUAAAUGUUGACGUUGGAAAGUUUUUUUUUACACGUCAAACCGGUCGUUUGGACGCGACGAGCGAAUGUUGCAUUAUGGGAGGAAAUAAGAUGCCGGCACAGUGGCGCCGCUGCAAAUCGCCUGCACAGCGCAGGGAAGCGGCCCAAUCGACCAAUAGGAAAGCCUCGGCUUCAUCGGAGGGGCGGGGCGCUGUGCGGGAGAAGAUCGCAAACGUACCUUCGCCGACGAGCUCAUUGGACCCCCCCCCCUCCUCCCGACCCCCCCCCCCCCCACACACAC